CGCGGGGCGCGCGGGGCACUUCCCUCUCCCUGGCGCGGCCUUUAGAUGUCGAAGCGGGGAGGAGGCCCUUGUCUCCAUGACGGGGAGAGGGGCAGAGACUUCUCGGUCGUCCCGAGUCCGCGGGCUGAUUCUUGGCCUUGUUACCAUUUACCUCACAGUCCCCAGGCUGGUCUCCGUUCGUGGUGUUUGAAUGUGGAACGUAGUUUAGAGACACUAAAAUUCGACUCCCUCAUUUUCCCGAGGAGGAAACUGAGGCUUGUUUAAUGAAAUCAAAUAACUUGCACUGGGAGUUUAGGAGAGUUAGGUUUUGAGCCCAGAAGUUCAAAGGUGAACCUUCACAAUUCAGAUCUGCUUAAUCUGCAGUGGGAGAGCUGGUUAGGAGUCGGUAUAUAGUGUCUUUUUUCACCUCAGUUAAUCGAAUAAUAUGCUGAACCCUACCCAGCAACUAUCACUGGGGGACAGAAAGAAAUAGAAGAUACUAUAGUACCUGCAAAAAAGGAAUUUACAGUGCAGUUUGGACAACAGAACACAGGAAAGAACACAGCAAGAAUUGAAGACACUUUAUAUUAUAGAGUAACACGUUAGCAAAUCAGACAUGGAUCUGCCAAGCUCUACACAAGAUCCCAAGACAAUAGAAGAUAAUUCUCCUGUCUAUGUUGGUAGAGAAGAAGACAUUAAAAAAUCUCAAAGAAUGACAGCUGUAGUCCAUGACAGAGAAGUUGUCAUUUUCUUUCACAAAGGAGAAUAUCAUGCUAUGGACAUUCGCUGUUACCAUUCAGGAGGACCUUUACAUUUGGGAGAAAUAGAGCAAAGACCCUGUGAAGUAUGUACUAUUAUCCUCAUUUUACAGAUGAGGAAAUCAAGGCUCAUAGAGGAUUUUGAUGGACAAGCAUGUAUUGUUUGCCCCUGGCAUAAAUACAAAAUUACUUUAUCAACAGGAGAAGGACUGUAUCAAUCUAUAAACCCUAAAGAUCCAUCAGCAGUACCCAAAUGGUGUUCCAAAGGAGUAAAGCAAAGGACCCAUACUGUGACCGUGAAAAAUGGGCAUAUUUAUGUGACUCUUUCUAAGGCUUCAGAUUUUAAGUGUGAUUCUGAUUUCUAUGCCACUGGAAAAUUUAAAGUAAUUCAAAGACCCUCUACUCUGAAGAAAGUUCCUGAUUUCAAAAAUAUAUGACAAUAAUGAAGCAAAAUAUUUUUGUAUGUAUGGAAAGUAUUUUAGAAAAUUCUGUACAAAAAGCAAUAAAUAGAAUUAACAUGGUAUAAAUGUAUCAUAAAAAAAUGAUAACUCAGAGAAGCAUAAACAGGAAUGUAAUGUGAAACAAAAUCUAUGACACAUUCUUCUUAUCAGAAUACUCACUGACAUAACUUUGCUUAAAAAAAACCAAAAAACAAAAUAAGAUGUACCUCAGGAAACUGGAAAUGAAGUAAAUGCCUUUUAACUUCAACUGAUUGAAACAGAAAUUAACAUAAUGGAAUUAAUAUUAACAUAGAGAAGCAUAAGAAGACAUAGGAAAUGAUUUCAGCAGAACCAGGAAAACAGUAUACAUAAUUAGUACAACAAUGUAGAUCGAAAGAACAGCAACAACAACAACUAAAAAAAUCUAAAGUAAAUGCUGAGUAAUUAUAGUGAUCAAACUUAACCCCCAAAAGAGAUAUGAGGAUGCUCUUCCUUUCUUUCUUUGCAGAGUCAGGAGACUGUAGGUGCAAAACAUUGAGUAAUGUCACUUUUGGUUGAUAUGGUGAUUGAUUUUGCCAAACUUUUUUCUUUUUUCCCAUUUUUUCUUUUUUAUUAUAAGAGAUGAUUCUCUGGGUGGGAGAGGGAAAAGAUAUACUGAGGAAUACAGGUCUUGUAAGAACAAAAUACAUCAUUUUUUUAAAAAGUAAAAUAAAAGAUGUACAGAAAAUGGAAGCAAGGGCACUUAUCAGAGGAUUAAUGCAAAAGCAUGUCAUGGUCCUUUAAGUUUGGGAAACUGAAGCUCGGAAAGAUCUGAGGCUGGAAAGGAAUGCUAGACAUAACAGAAAGGGAUUUGUUACAUUUUGUUUAAUCCAAAUUGAGAAGAGGAAGCUCAAAGAUAGGACCAGUAUUCUAGUGAGCUGGGGCCCUGAUAACAGAUGGCACAAGGAGAGCAGAACUGUUCAAUUCUUGUGUUUGUUUUCUCUACUAAGGACAAUGAUCUUUGGACCGGAAAAGGAUAGAACAAAAGUAUGAUAGGAAGUUGAAACCCAAGAUAAAUAAGAAGAUAAUAAGAGAAAACAACUAACUGCCGCGGAUGAGUUCAAGUGACUUGGCCCAGACACACCUGGGAAGUAUCCCAGAUUAUUGUGAUAUUACUGUUGAACCAUUGUUAGUGCUCUUUGAAAGAGUAUAGAGAACGUGAGAGUUGCUGCAGGACAAGGAAGAACAAAUGGCCUGGUGGGGUUUUUUGUUUGUUUGUUUGUUUCUUUUCUUAAGAAAAAAAAUGGAAUUGAUUCUGGUUGUAAACUGAAAGGUGAUGAACUUGGCUCAAAUUCCUGGGAAUUUUCCAGAAUUUAUUACUAAAAGAAUGGGUAAGGAACUUCUAGGCCAGUUAAAUGGCACAUUGGAUAGAGCACCCAGCCUAGAGUCAGGAAGAACUGAGUUCUAAUUUGGCUUCAAACAUUUACUAGCUG